AUGUUACUGAAAUAUCUGCUGACAAUGUCACCUAUUUGUGCAGGUCUCAAUCUGGACCAACCCUCUUGUCUCAUCGGACACUGUGAACUCCUCUUUUCCUAUGCGGACGGAGAAGCACUAUCAGCCUCCCUGCACAUCGAUGGCGUCCAAACUGCAAUACGUCCGUUGCCAGGACGUUCUCUCAAAUCGGCCGUAAUAAAUUUCACAACAGUCAAAACGCACACCUUUCAGCUGACCGUGAAUGACGAAUAUAAAGAGACUAGGUUGGAUGGAAAUUUCAAUGUGGAUGAGGCAGUCAAGGGCCUGAACAUCGUAAUCGAUCCAAUCCAGGGAGUUGCCAACAUGGCUGUCGAGGUCACCGUUAUGGUAUUUGGAGGAACGUCUUACAGCCUCGACCUGUCGGAUGGCGGUGACUUCAAGAGGCAUGUCCCAGCGCGACCCCUACAGCCUCUUCCCAACCCACAAGUCUUCAAACACACCUACACCCAAGCCGGUGCCUACUCAAUAUGUGUGACGGUUCGAAAUCUGGGCAAGCGCAACGUCGAGUGUCACGAUUACAUCGUAGCAGCACCGAUGGGUGCGUACGACCUGCGUCUCGAGACUAGCCGACUGCCCAUUGGGCAGCCACUGCACCUGUGGUUG